AUGGGGAAGAAGGGGAGCUGGUUUUCAGCCAUCAAACGGGUUUUCUCACGCAAUUCAAAGAACAAACAAACCGAUGGAUCAGACAAGGACAGUAAAGAAAAGAAGAAAGGCAAAGGAUUUUUUAGAGCUGAAAAAAGCAAAUCGUUGAUUCCCCUGUUUAGAGAGCCGAGCAGCAUCGAGAAGAUUUUGGGGGAAGCUGAUCAGCUGCUUAUUAGGCCUACUAUAACUAAUACUCUUACUACUACUAGAAAUAUCAAUACUAAUACAACUGGUACUAAUACUGCCAAUACAAAUGCUUCUUCUUCAACUCCACAUGUUUUGCCGGUGUUGCCCAAAUUUCUUUCCCCGAAAGCUGCUUCUCCGCCUCCUCCUCCUCCUCCUCCUCCUUUGAAGGCUUCAACGAGUGAAGUCCCGUCUUCUUCUUCUUUUCCAAAGGCAUCUGUUCCUAAGGCGACAACAAAAAAUAUAAAGGAAAUUAGAAAUGUGCCGAGGCCGGAGCCCACUUUGAGAGACCAACACAUAUCAGCUAUGAAGAUCCAGGCUGCUUUCAGGGGUUACAUGGCAAGAAGAAGUUUUAGAGCUAUAAGGGGUUUAGUGAGACUCCAAGAAGUGGUGAGGAGCCAGAACGUGAAGCGGCAGACAGCGAAUGCCAUGAAACAGUUGCAGCUGCUGGUGAGGGUUCAGACACAAAUCCAGUCACGCAGGGUCCAAAUGUUGGAAAACCAACGCCAUGAUUAUUAUAGGAACCGUAAUAAGGAUCUCGAGAGUACCCUCAGUAAAUGGACCAACCAACUUUCUGAGAAUGAGGAUUGGGAUGAUAGCUUGUUGACAAAAGAGGAAGUAGAAGCAAGGCUACAGAAGAAAGUGGAGGCACUUAUAAAAAGAGAAAGAGCCAUGGCAUUUGCAUACUCUCACCAGCUGUGGAAAGCCAGCCCAAAAUCAUCAGCCCACAGCCCUCUCGACACCCGGUGGUGGAACUGGCUAGACCAGCAGCUCCCCGAAUCAGGCGCUCCCCCACACAGCCAAUCCACUCCGAGAAACGCACCCUCGACCCCUCCUCCAAGGGGGCCCACUUCCCAACACAGGCCAAGCCCUCGUGAAUCCCUGACCCCACGGUCUGCAGCCGUGGGCCCCGCCAGAGCCCACCGUCCCUGCACUCCUUCUCCGAUGAAGGACGACAAUGACAGCCUCAUGAGCUGCCCCCAGUUUUCCGUGCCCAGCUACAUGGCCCCCACCGUCUCGGCCAGGGCCAAGUCGAGGGCCAACAGCAAUCCCAGGGAGAGGUUACCGGGUACACCCGACAGCAGGGGGUCUAGCAGUAGCAGGAGGUUUUCUUUCCCGUUGACUCCCACAGCAGGCGGUGGUUUCAGGUGGGGCAAAGCGGGGCCCGGUUCUAGGUUGGGGCUGGCGAAGCACGAUCUAGCGCGUUCAGUUGGGGAGUUCAGCGUGGAUUCGGCUGUUUCUACGCCGGCCGUGGUAGGAAGGAAACCGUUUAAUAGAUUCGUGUGA